AUGCGUUUCUUCCAGGCCAUUGUUUCUUUUACGCUCAUCGUCAGCUGUAUGGCUCUGGCAUUCCCCAGCUAUGACUGGAUGAAAGCAGGCCCUCUUCACCGUCGAGCCGAGCCCAAUGCACCGGCUAAACUCGCUCAUCGGGCUGAGGAUGCUCCUCGAGCUGACCUUGCCCCACGAUCCGAUGUUGCCCCACGAGGGUCCGAAGUCGCUCCACGAGCAGACCAUGGUCCUCUGCCAGAGCGUCCUGAUCGAAAUCAUCUCAGCCCGCGAUUGUUCGGCUCAUUCUCCUUUGAAACGGAAGGUCGCACUGUCAUUAUCUACCCCAACGGGACGAGAGUCGAAUAUGGAGGGAAACUGAAAUUCAACUUUGUGAACGGCUGGGUCGACAUUAUCAAAGAUGGGAUAAGCCUCCUCCGUACCAAGCUUUCUUGA